UAUCGAUAUGUUUAAGUGUUAUCGCUUGCCCCAGCCAGUGCUGGCUAACGCCCUUCUUGUCAUUUGCAGUUUCAUUAAUAUUGUUUUGUCCAUCCUGUUCCAAUUAGAAUCGAACUAGGCUCGUGACAAAAUGUCGUAUGGACAAGGCUAUAAUCCAUAUGCCCAGCCCGGUGGCUAUGCCCCGCCGCCCGGAGCAUUUCCGCCGCAGAAUGCACAGGUUUCUCCGCAGGCACAGCAAUGGUUCGCCAUGGUGGACCGCGACCGAUCUGGAAAGAUCAACGCCUCCGAGUUGCAGGCGGCCCUGGUGAAUGGGCGUGGCGAUCACUUCUCGGAUAAUGCCUGCAAGCUGAUGAUAAGCAUGUUCGACAACGAUGCCAGUGGAACCAUCGAUGUUUAUGAGUUCGAGAAGCUUUACAACUACAUCAACCAAUGGCUGCAAGUGUUCAAGACCUACGACCAGGACUCCUCUGGACACAUCGAAGAGCAGGAACUAACUCAAGCCUUCACCCAGAUGGGCUUUCGAUUCUCGCCCGACUUCAUUAACUUCCUGGUGAAGAAGAGCGACCCCCAGGCCCACAAAGAGGUGUCCGUGGAUCAGUUUAUAGUGCUCUGUGUACAGGUGCAGCGCUUCACGGAGGCCUUCCGGCAGCGCGACACUCAGCAGAAUGGAACCAUCACCAUUGGGUUCGAGGACUUCCUCACCGUGGCCAUUGGCUGCUCGUACUGAAAGAAUUAUUCAAUGCAACCGCUCUCCGGGAAUGCAUAUCCACAGUCUUGCACACACACUGCAGCCAUCAGAGGAUGACCAUUAAUUCCGCGACUCGUGCAUUUUUCCUAAAAUUUCGAAGGUGUUAGCUUUUGUAAUGUUAUGUAAAUGAAUCACUCCACAGUCAUAUUGCAAUCUCCUGGUAUCAGAAUCAAAUUUCAAAAGUAUUUGUUAUCGCAGUUCGACUCAAUCAUAGUACAAAGUCUCUUGCGCCUAUUAAUAAACUAUACACACGUAUUUUAAAAAAUUAAAA